AUAGAGAAAAUCAAUUCACACACCAAAGAAGACUAAACUGAAGAAAACGAGAGAAAAACAUUUCACCCCUCUCGCUCUCUUUCUCUCUCUUCGGACCAGAGAGAGAACUGCUAAUUCGCGAAAGACAUGGGCGAUUCGCUUCAAUGGUGGUCAGCAUAGAUUCUCCGGUAGCCCCAUCAGCAUCUUCGUCCGUGGUGAUUCUCUAGUUGGAGGACUUGUUGAUACCAGAUUUCCUGAACUUCGAUUGUGUAGCAGUUUGUAAUAUUUUUUUGUGUCUUUAGUGGCAGUCACGUGGAAGUGUAAUGGCUGACGGUGGGCAACGGGAAAAUGGGAGACAUAGGCUGGAUUACUAUGAUGGGGUUCACACUCCGUGGAACAUGAUGCCCCAGUACCAAAUGAAGGAACAACAGAAUGCCUUCCUUAUGAAUAAGAGGUUCAUGAACAUUAUUUCUGAGAGGGAUAAUGCUAUUGAAGAACGGAAUAGAGCAUUAUCUGAAAAGAAUGCGGCCUUGGAUGAGCGAGAUGCCGCAAUCCAGCAGCGAGACUCAGCAAUUGCUGAGCGGGAAAAUGCCCUAAGGGAACGAGACAAUGCCAUUGCUGCCCUUCAAUUCCAGGAAAGUACGAUGGGCGGCCCAUUGGGUUGUGGAAUCCAACAUGGAAGAAAGCGGAUGCACCAUCCGACAAACCAUCAGACAAACCAUCCUACUAAUGUUGUUGAAGCUGCUUACAAGACUACAGAAGGACACAUAACUGAUGUCUUCCCAUUAUCAGCCAUUUCAUCUGAAACUGUUAAGUCACGGCAGGUAAAACGAACAAAGAAGAACAAGGCUGCGCCAUCUAAGAUAUCAAAUACACCAAGGAAGGGAAAGAAAGUCGGUGAGGAUUUGAAUAGGCAAGUCACUACUGAUGGAUCGAAGGCAGAGUGGGAAGCUCAGGAUCUUGGCUUGAUAAACCAGGUUAGUUUUGAUGAGUCUACGAUGCCAGUACCUGUUUGUUCAUGCACAGGAGCACCUCGACCGUGCUACAGAUGGGGGAAUGGGGGGUGGCAGUCAUCUUGUUGCACCACCACUCUGUCAGAAUAUCCAUUGCCACAGAUGCCGAACAAACGACAUGCACGAAUGGGUGGCCGAAAGAUGAGCGGAAGCGUUUUUAGCAGAUUGCUUAGUCGGCUGGCAGCAGAUGGCCAUGAUCUGUCGAUGCCUCUGGAUCUGAAGAACUUCUGGGCCAAGCAUGGGACAAAUCGGUACAUUACUAUCAAGUAAUUCACUGACAGUUAUGUGGUAUGAAAUAUGUUGUUCUGUUUGAGCCUCUAAGGGCCUAGAAUUUACUUGAUAUUUUUUACCUAACCAAAAUGUUGCUAUAACUGGAUGAUAGGGAAAAUGGAGCUGUAGCACAAAGGUAGUUUCCAAACUCCUGUGGUUGGCAUAAAACUUUUCGUGAUUCCACUAAAUGGCCAACUCCAUUCCCCAUUGAAAGGGGAAUAUUGUGAACUGUUGGAAUUUAUAAACUCGAUGGAAUAUAAAUAGCUUGCUUGUGCAUUUUUAUUA